UUUCGCGUCACUCGAGCGCGAGGCGAUGGUGUGUGUGUGUGUGUGUGUGUGUGUGUGUGGAGGAGAGGUAGUUUGUUUGAAUUCUGCUGCUCAGAACCAGCCCAGGAAUUUUAUUUGAUCAGACCUUCCUAAACCAACCCGGGACCGUGAGGUUGCCAUUAACCAAAUAAUCGGGAUCGUUUUCUACAGUGACUAAUCGUCGGUAACGAGAAGUAAUCUGUAAACCCACAGACAUCUGAAUGGAAGAAGUGAAACAAGAGACGGACUGAUGUUUUUUGAAUUUGUACAUUAUGAUGAAUGAGGAAUUGAAAGAUCUACAGCGUCAAAGGUUUCGAACAGACUCAUGGUAAAAAUGGAUUCAUGGACAAAAAAUGAGUCUGACCCAGAUGAUUUUUCCAACAUCACUGACCAUGCCUUUGACCAGACAAGUUCUGUGGUUAUUACCUUUGUGUACUUUGUGGUGUGUGCUGUUGGACUCUGUGGCAACGCACUGGUCAUGUAUGUGAUCCUUCGGUAUGCUAAGAUGAAGACUGUCACCAACAUCUAUAUUCUUAACCUGGCUGUUGCAGAUGUCCUGUGUAUGCUUAGCUUGCCCUUUAUUGCAAUUCAGCUAGCAUUGCUUCACUGGCCUUUUGGUGCUGCCAUUUGUCGUAUUGUCCUUACCAUGGAUUCACUGAAUCAGUUCACCAGCAUUUUCUUCCUGACCGUGAUGAGCAUUGACCGGUAUCUUGCGGUGGUACAUCCAAUAAAGUCAACUAAAUGGCGCAAGCCACGAGUGGCCAAAAGUAUUAGCCUUGCCAUGUGGGGGGUGUCACUUCUUGUUAAUUUGCCCAUUAUGAUCUUUAGUGGCUUGAACACUAAUAAGAAUGAGGCACGGACAUGUACUAUGCUGUGGCCAGAACCUCAAAAUACCUACUACACUGCCUUCAUCUUCUAUACGUUUUUUCUGGGCUUCUUUCUGCCACUUAUCGUUAUUUGCCUGUGCUACCUGCUCAUCGUGAUCAAGGUAAAGUCAUCAGGUGUGAGAGUUUGCUCCAGCAAGCGAAAGCGCUCUGAGCGCAAAGUAACACGGAUGGUAUCCAUUGUGGUUGUUGUGUUUGUGCUCUGCUGGUUGCCGUUCUACAUGUUUAAUGUGGCAUCUGUGACAGGCACACUCAUCCCUACACCAGUGCUGAAGAGCACCUUUGAUUUUGUAGUGGUACUGGGAUACGCCAACAGCUGCGCCAACCCAAUUCUCUAUGCAUUCUUGUCAGAUAACUUCAAGAAGAGCUUUCAGAAUGUUCUUUGCCUCAAGAGGGUAGGAGGACUGGAUGAAAUUGAGCGUAGUGACAGCCGGCAGGACAGGACACGAAUGGUCAAUGACAUCAUCACAGAGACACAGAAUGCUGCCCUACUUAAUGGUGAUCUUCAGACAAGCAUCUAGGAUUGGACAGGAAAUCUGGAUUUACAAAUAAACAGUAACCUGGACUAAUAUAAAGGAUAGAAGGUCACUAUUCUUCAGUAUGAGAGAUUCCACCUGGUUUUGACCACAUUUGGGGGACCCGAUAAAUUGCACAGGAAUGGUUAAUCCAGAAGUAACAUGUUCAGUCCUUUCAUUUUAUGUCCAAAGUCUACUGACAAUAUUGAUUAUGAAGGGGGAGAACUACUAUCCCUUCUCUGGACACAUUUUCAUACAUAUUUUAAGGAAACUGAGAUCCAGGAAAAAGAGGCCACGAUCAUGAAGACACUUAGAGAAUGUCACUCAACCACUGUUUGCAUUGUGUUUCUGUGAGUUAUAGCCAUAAAUCUUAUCUGUUAAUGAAGAAAAGUUCUUUGUCCUCAUACGGUAUGCAGAAAUGAACUCUCAAGCAACAAAAUGUGGGCUUGAAAAAACCCUUUUAUUAUGUUAAUACUUCACUCUAGAAAGAACAGAAGACAGAAAGCUGAUACCAUCCAGACCUGAAAAUUACAAAAGUAAUCCUAAUAAUGUGUAAGAAACAUAAUAAUAAAUUUUAAUAAUAAAAUAAAUAAUAUAUAACUCUUUAAAAUGUAACAAAAAGAGAAAAAGUUUUUCAUUAUAAUAUCAUAUGAGAAAUCAUUUUACUGACACCACAUGAUUGUGACUUUCAGUUAUAUUUAUACUACAUUUAUUUACUUAUUUACAUCUCUCAGACAUUCAAGAUGUAGGUGUCUGGAUGCUGCUAUGUUGUUUAAUUAGUCAUUGCUGAAUUUGAGACAAUAAAAAAGAAAAAGAUUUACAUUUGAGUUAUUAGUGAUACAGAAAAAGAAAUGGAUAGAGGGCAUGAGAAAAUAAGAGUGGAAAAAUUUGAGGGCAUACAUUAUCGGUCCUCGGCUGCAAUGAAUGAGAGAAAAUGCCAUCAGUAAAAUAUAAGUAAAACUUGACAUCUAAAAGUAGAUGUAAUAUUACAUGAUGUAAUAUUACAUGAUUAAUGGUCCACAGAUAAGCUGUAAUGGCAGGUGCUUAAGGAUAAUUGGAUAUGUAAUUUCCUCUUAAGACACUGAUGCUGGUUAAUCCAUCAAAUGAUAUACACCACUGAAGACUUUUCCAGUAAUAAAAAAAAUAUUAGACAUAAAUUCUGAAGAAGGCGCAGAGAUUCACAGUGGGAGAAAUGCCCACAAAUAGCUGGUGUGCAUGUGGUCAAUCAAAAGAUAUUAACAAUAAUUCAUUACCAUGUUUGUAAAAUGUGCAGAUAUCAAAAUUAUACGUCAUAUAUAUUAUACAAGCAUUGAAUUUGUAUGUGUGAUUGUAUAAACAUCUUAAGCCUGUUAAUCUAGAUAGUGUUUAUGUGUAAAUAGUACAUAGACAUAAAAAAAAAAUUUAUAACAACUUAAAUACAAUAAAAAAAUAAGAGGAAUUUA